AUGGCAUCCGGCCACGACGAAUCGGGUAAGCGAGACUCCCCAACCGGGGGGAAGGAGGUGCCCGAGGCCAAGAUGAUGAAGCAAACCAGCAUCGGGGAGAGUAUGGGCAUAGACACGGAUCCAGAAGAAGACUCGGAUGGACCUGAUGAGACGCACGCUCAAAACACGCACAACCUACGCUCUAGGCGGAGAGUGGCGCCCGAGCCGGCGGAGAAGAAGCAGCUAUCCAUGGAGAAGUCGAUGGGUAUCGACACAGACCCCGAUACUGAUUCCAACGAGGGAGAAGAUGGCAAACGCGAAAGCAAGGACAAGAAGGCUAGUGCCAAGGAUGUGAAGAAGGGAACUCGGUCUCAGAGGAAUGGCAAGUCGGCUGUCAACUCGCACGGCGAGCCCGACACUCCAUCCUCCAUCCUCGAAAAGGGCAUCAUCUACUUCUUCAUCCGCGGGCGAGUCAACGUCGAGAGCCCCACGUCCAUCGAGGACAUUGCACGAAGCUUCAUGCUCCUGCGUCCCCUGCCGCACGACGCGAAGCUCACAGAGGGCAAGAUUGGCGACGCAGGAAACACCCGUAUCGUCGUUCUUCCGAAAAAGGUUUUCCCAAAAAGCGGAAGAGAUCGGUUUCUCUCCUUUGUGGAGAAGACUGGCACCUCCUUUGAUGAGAUCAAGAAUGAGUUCCUCGAGGGUGCCGAUUACAAUACCAGGACUGUAGGCAAGAGGCACACGCCUGCUGCGACACCUGCCGCAGAAGGCGUCUAUGCAAUCACAACGACGGGACGUGAGAGCCAUCUUGCGUACAUACUGACGCUUCCGGAGGAACUGGGUGAGGCGCAGAAAGAUCUGGGGUUGAAGAGCCAAGGAAGCUUCAUCAUCAGCACCAGAAACCCAGAAACAAGUCCUCCCGCAGGCGCGCAGAUACCGGAGGGUCCAGAGUUUCCCAAAGAAGUUCAGGAAGAAUUUCGGAAUCUACGAUGGCUACCUACACAACCCAAGCACUUUGACUACGUCAAUGCACAGGUUCUCCUCAUCGGCGAAACCAGCGGAAUCCAAAAGGCCACGGAGCCCCAGAAGGAAGACCAGCAGCACCAGAAGGAGGAACCGCUGGAGGCACUGGAGCAUUUGGAAGAGGAGGACUUGAAUCGCAUGAAGGGCUUGCCGGGCGAUCAGUCUUCGUCCAUCUUUGAGGACUUGGAGGCCAGGGCAAAGGAUUAUCCAAAGCUGCAGACGACUUUCUAG